AUGGCGAUGGCGCGGCUCCGGAGGCUCUUUGGGAAGGGCGGUCUCCCCGUGGUGGAGCAGGCGGAGAAGCUCAUCCAGAGCAACCCGUGCGUGGUCUUCUCGAAGAGCACUUGCCCUUUCUGCGACAUGGCCAAGAGCGUUCUGCUCAGCGACUUGAAGGCAAAGUGCCACGUGAUGGAGUUGGACAAGGAACUGAAGCCAGAUGAGAUGUCUGCGCUGCAGGAGCACCGCAUGGGUGUCUUGUGA